GGUGUGUGGACAUUAUGGCUGUGUAUACUCUGACCGGCUUCUCCUUGCUGAGUUUAUUGUCUUUCGGUUAUUUGUCCUGGGAUUGGAUGAAACCGGGUUUAAACGGGAAGAAAGUGCCCAGCCUGGAUAUGGGCAGUGCCAGGGCGAAGCCUCAUAUUGUCUUCAUUCUGGCGGAUGACCAGGGUUUUCAUGAUAUCGGGUACCACGGUUCAGACAUCCACACUCCGACCAUGGACCGACUGGCCGCCGAGGGGGUGAAACUGGAGAAUUACUACAUCCAGCCCAUCUGUACCCCGUCCAGGAGUCAACUCAUUACUGGGAGGUAUCAGAUCCACACUGGCCUGCAGCACUCCAUCAUUCGGCCCAGACAACCCAACUGCUUGCCCCUCGACCAGGUGACCCUGCCCCAGAAGCUGCAGGAAGCCGGCUAUUCCACGCACAUGAUCGGCAAGUGGCACCUUGGCUUCUACAAGAAGGAGUGCCUCCCCACGAGGAGAGGCUUCGAUACCUUCUUUGGCACCUUGACCGGCAGCACCGACUACUACACCUACGACAACUGCGACGGCCCCGGCGUCUGUGGCUUUGACCUCCACGAUGGCGAGAAUGUGGCCUGGGAGUACAGCGGGAAGUACUCCACCUCUCUCUACGCUCAGAAGGUGACGAAGAUCCUCGCCACGCACAGCCCCAAGGAGCCGCUGUUUAUCUACGUGGCCUUCCAGGCUGUACACACCCCUCUGCAGUCUCCAAAGGAAUACAUCUAUCAGUACAGGUCCUUCGGAAAUGUGGCUCGGAGGAAAUACGCUGCCAUGGUCACCUGCAUGGAUGAAGCCAUCAAGAACAUCACUUUGGCCCUCAAGAGGUACGGUUAUUACAACAACAGCCUCGUCAUCUUCUCGACUGAUAACGGAGGACAGCCUUUCUGGGGGGGUAGUAACUGGCCCCUCCGAGGCCGCAAAGGCACCUACUGGGAAGGGGGUAUCCGAGGCCUUGGCUUUGUCCACAGCCCUUUGAUCAAGAAGAAGAGGCGGGUGUGCAAGUCACUGAUGCACAUCACGGACUGGUACCCCACCCUGGUGUCGCUGGCGCGGGGCAACAUGACGGAGAGCCCACCUCUCGACGGGUACAAUCUCUGGCCGACCAUCAGCGAAGGCAAGAGGUCUCCCCGCGCCGAGAUCCUGCACAACAUCGACCCCUUGCACAGCCACGCCAAGUCUGGCUCCUGGGAGGAAGGGCACAACCUCUGGAAUACCGCCAUCCAAGCCGCCAUCAGGGUGGGAGAUUGGAAACUGCUGACCGGGGACCCAGGCUACAGCGACUGGAUCCCACCGCAGACUCUACCCACUCUCCCAGGAAGUUGGUGGAACCUCGAAAGGCAGAGGGCAGGUCACCGGAGGUCAGUGUGGCUCUUCAACAUCACCGCAGACCCUUACGAGCGCGAAGAGGUCUCCAGUAAGCACCCAAAAGUGGUCAAGAAGUUGCUGGCCAGGUUAGCUUAUUACGACAGCACCUCCAUCCCGGUGAGGUAUCCAGCUGACGACCCCAGAGCUAAUCCAGAACUCAACGGGGGCGCCUGGGGACCCUGGGCAAGUGAGGACGAGGAAUAUCAGCAGGAGAAUGGGGUAGUGAAACAUAAAAGCAAGAAAAAGUCCUGCAAGAUCUGCAAGCUGAAAUCAUUCUUCAAGAAACUGAACACACGGAUAAUGUCCAACAGGAUAUAAUGAAUCAGGAGAAACAACUGUGUAGAUUUGUGCGUGUGAGAUCGACAAUGAGCUCACCGUUUUGGAGUCUGUCAGUAAAAAUGUUGACUUUCUUAGGAAUUAUUUCGGUUGCUUCCCAUGCAGUUCACAUCAGGAUAUGAACCUGCGUGCCUCUGGAUUUUUCCACACUGCUUCUCUCCCCGCUCUUCCCUCUCUCAAAUCCAGCACUUGGAUUUGGUUUUUAUCAUUACAAUUUGCACAGUCUCAAUUUGCAUUCCCUUCAGCACAGAAAGGAAUGAUCCAGUCGAGGUGUUAAAGACAUUCAAAGAGUUUAAUAGUUUCUCCACAUCCUCAUACUUCUCCCGGGGGGUGGUGUAGAGGUGUGGAACAAUGUGAAAAUUAGAAUGAGUCUGCCAAGGGGAUCCUCUGUGUUCUCCUUUGUGUGCUCCAGUGUGGGACAUUUGGGGGUUUGUAUACUGAUUGUAGCUUGUGAAAGAUCUCAUACAUAAUGCUGUUGUGACCAUUAUGAGUGUAUGCUUGCCUAUUGGUUGGUCGAGUUCCAAAAGGUUCUUCCAUUGAUUUAACCAUGUAAGGGCAUCCUGUCCCGUUGUGGUUACCUGUCUGUCACUCUUCGCAAGUAUGUUUCAACCAACUGUUCUCUUUCAGCUCAAAUUGUUCUGUUCAAUUCAGCAGGCAAACUGCAGUUUCAAACAUCAGUAUAAUUGGCUAGUUUUGCACCCACCCAGUUUCCACAUGACAAACUAGUUUAACCCUUUCCUUUGCCUACUGCAGCGACACCAGCAUCCUAAGAGGGAAUAGAAUUAAGAAAACAGAGCACUUGUUUUAACCUUGGUGGAGCAAAAAGUCCACUUCUCCAGUUGGCACUGUUUCUGUCAGACAAAUGAUGAGAUUGUUAAACGGGUUGGAUUUAAAGGGUGAGUAACCCAAAUGCAAUUUAAUUGUCAGUGUAAAACCUGAAGUUCAGUUGAGUGACUCAGUUGGGGCUAUUCUGAUACGAUGGAAUUCUUGGGAAAUAAAUAAAGUCAACCAAUUAUUUUUUAAAAGAGGUUUUGAUGAUGUGUAUUGAUUAUAAAGACGGACACUGUAAGAUAAAUGAAACAACUGGAAGACCAGAAUAACCAACCUUAAUCCUUUGAGCUAAUGGGAACUGCAGAUGCUGGAGAAUCCAAGAUAAUAAAGUGUGAGG